GUUUUGAGAGGAAAAGCUGGAGAUGUUCUACUUCUUGCUCCUCGGAGAUUUUUAAGUACCACGUUCAAGGCCUCAGAUCUCCAGAUUGAACUGAACAAGCAUCUAAAGCCCAAACCAGAUUUUAGCAAGCUGGUCUUUGGGAAAAAUUUCACUGACCAUAUGCUCACUGUGGAGUGGAACAGUGAAAAAGGCUGGGGAAAGCCACACAUCAAACCUUUCCAGAACCUCUCUCUGCACCCAGCCUCUUCAGCCCUGCAUUACUCAGUGGAGCUUUUUGAAGGAAUGAAAGCUUUCCGGGGUUCAGAUGAGCGCAUCCGGCUUUUUCGUCCCAUGAUGAACAUGGAUCGCAUGUUACGAUCCUCUCACCGAGCUUGCUUGCCUGCCUUUGAUCAGUCUGAAUUACUUGAAUGCAUCCGGCAGCUGAUCCGGGUGGACCAAGAUUGGGUCCCGCACUCCAAUACGGCCAGUCUCUACAUCCGCCCCAUCUUCAUUGGCACCGAGCCUUCCUUGGGGGUCGCCGUUUCCAAUCAUGCACUGCUGUUUGUGAUCUUGGGCCCUGUGGGCCCUUAUUUUACCACUGGCAGCUUCAGUCCUGUUUCCCUCCUGGCUGAUCCUCGGUUUGUCCGUGCUUGGAAGGGUGGCGUUGGCUAUUGCAAAGUAGGCGGCAACUAUGGCCCCACCAUAUAUGUGCAAACAGAGGCUGCCAAACUGGGUUGUCAGCAGGUUUUGUGGCUCUAUGGAGACGACCACCAAAUCACUGAAGUUGGGACCAUGAACAUUUUCAUGUUUUGGAAGGACCACCAGGGAGAUAUGGAGCUGGUCACCCCUCCGCUUAAUGGAAUUAUCUUGCCUGGUGUGAUCCGGCAAAGCCUUCUUGAUUUGGCCCGCAAAUGGGGGGAAUUCAAGGUUUCAGAGAGAAUAAUCACAAUGUCUGACCUGAUUAAAGGCUUGGAAGAGAAAAGGGUGAAGGAGGUCUUUGGUUCGGGCACAGCCUGCGUUGUGUGUCCUGUGGACAGAAUUCUCUAUCAGGGCAAGAAUUAUCAUAUCCCCACAAUGGAGAACGGACCUGAGAUGGCAAAACGAUUUCUGAAGGAGCUGACAGAUAUUCAGUAUGGACGCAUCGCCAGUGACUGGGCCCAGGCGAUCUGACGAAGACUGUGGGAUUCCACUUUUCCUGCUCCUGUUCAGCUUCUCUCUUUGCCACAGUUAUAUUUAUAAUAUGGUUCUAUAGCUUUUCCAAUUUUGCCUUCCAUUUUGUCAGAAUUUGGACUGACUGACUGCCUGAUUUGGGAGAACUAACAUGUCCCUGAUAUAAACCCAGGCUCUUUAUGGCUGUGAAACACUCCGCAUCAGGAAGGCCCCGGACUCAGAAGAAUUCCAGAUAAACCUGUCUGUGAGGGAAAUGAAGCUUUGAACAUUGUGGCUUCCUCUGCUUCUCUCUCUCAGCUCCAAAACUCAGCUGCUUUUUGCUUUUAAGUGCAAUAUUGAGAGAGAGUGGGAGAAAGAGAGGGGAUCUGAAUGUGGGGUGUCUGCAAAGCUCUUAUACUCCAUGUGCAUGUUUGCCUUUUUUUUAAAAAAAAUAGUUGCUUGGAUUCAUGUAGAGAAGCACAUGUAAAAAAACAUGUACUCAAAAUCAUAAUGCUCUUAUAAAAGUUUUCAUUUUGGUAUCUUCACAGUUGGGGCUAAAUUUUUAAAUUUGGGUUCCUGUAUCUUAAACUGCAAAUUUCCAGAAGUGUGAAAUUGUUGUUUAAUAUUUAUGACUCUUCACUUUCUAUGUUAAAUCCACUGGAUAGGUAAAAGAAACCUUAGAUGUUCAGAACUAAUGUUGGACUAUGUUUUGAGAGCCACAGGUGGCUUUUUAAGAUAGAAAACUAUUUAAAAUUAAACUGUAUCUCGGA